UCAGCUGAUCUGAUCACAUCUGUACCUCCUUUGCGCUUCUGUUUUUCCUGGAUCAGCAAACGAGUGACAGAUAUCACACGACUCGAGCUCAUGUCGCUUCAGUAAAAGGAAAGAAAACACGAGAGCCACGAUGAGCGCGUAGGAGUUCAGAGGAACCCGCGACACAUCGACGCAGAACAGACAUGCGCGUGAAGUGGGAAUAAUCACAGCUAGAGGAGCCAUGCUGGCCACCCAAACACCUGAGAGCGGCCCAGACGCUAAAGAUGUUAAACAGUGGAUCAAGGGCAAGAUCGCACAUACAUUAAAAGCCCUGCAGAAGCGCUACAUCACCACAGACACGGCGGUCACCAGUGAGGAUCUGGAAGCAAACCUGCUGUGCUGUGCUUUGGAGGCGGUUUUCAUCCAUGGAAUCAAGAGCAAGUUCAUCCGAUCUGAUGGAGGUCAAGUGCGCAAGGGAGGAUCUCGAGGAGCGCUUCCUCAGCCGGUCUUCUGGACUCUGUUGAAGACGGUCACCCACAGGGAUGUAGUUCAAGAACUGGAACGUCUAAGCUUCAUUAACUCGGAUGUUGGCCGCUGCAGAGCUUGGGUCCGGCUGGCGCUAAACGACGGGCUUCUGGAGUGUUACCUGACCUCGCUGCUUCGUGAAAACUCCAAAAUGAGCUCCUACUACCAGCCCGGGGCUCUUCUGCUGGACCCGGAGGACCGGGAGGUUCUGCUCACCCUCCUGCAAGGCUUGGCCUCGCUGACCUUCCAACUCUCCUAUAAAUCUGCUGUGCUCAAUGAAUGGACCAACACGCCGCUGGUCCUCGCAGGUCUUUGCCCUCCAACUCCUGCCGACGAGCAGCAUCUGGGCCCCAAACGCAAGGAGUCCUGGGAUACGGUGUCCCAGUCGUCCGGCGGCUCUGGAGGCUCCGAUUGGGCUCCUGAAGCGCUCCAGAGGGAGACCAGGAGAGAUCAGAUUGAUGGCUGUGAUCCCAGCACUCUGCUGACCUCUUCAAACCUGAGUCUGGACACAGUGUCGGGGUCUUCGCAUCUGUCCUCCAGCCUGAGCUCUGACAGUCUGCUGCAGGGCCAGGAGCUCAGGAGCCCAGAGAAGGAGCGCUGGAACUGCGACUCCGAGAUCAACCACAACGAACAGCAGAAGAUCACGGCUACAGAUGAGAGCCUGAUGAAGGAGGACAUUGAUGUGUUUAUACCAGCUCCAGACACCCUGACUGACACACAUUCUGUUGACGAGCACACACGCAUACCUGACGCCUCACCAACAUCAGGACAGGACACGCAUCACUCACAAAUCACAGAGCAAUCUGAAGAAAACACAUCAGCGGGCCUGGAGAGGGAGGAAGAAACAAUAGAAGAAUCUGAGAUUAUAGUUAAAAGCACAAGACUUAAAGCUAAAAAUACUGUGACUGAGGCUGCGGAGAAGGAGAAGAAGAGAGGGAGCAGAGACUCAUCUGUUGAUCCUUCUUCAGUUACUGCUUUAACAAAGACUGAGGAGACGCCUGACCCUAAAGUCCCUGACCCUAAAGACGCUGUUCUUCCAGAAAUUUCUGCUGCUCCUCGUCCAGUGGAAACACCUCAACAUGCUGCAUGUAGACGCACCACAAUAAGCGUCAGCAGGAAAAUAUCCACAGACUCGCUGUAUUCUUCCUGUAAAUCUACGUCUUGGAUCUCAGAGGAGGAUUUCCACAAACCUGAAGACUCCAGUAUUUCUGAAGCUUAUGCCAUCAUUGAUGUCACGCCGCUGAACGGGCAGGUGUCUCCUGUGUGUGAAGCAGACGAGCUUCAGCCUCCUCCCAGUGUUGUGCACCGGAGACACAAUGGUCUUCCUAACCCGUUCAGAGGUCUGCUGAAGCUGGGUCAGCUGGAGCGGCGCAGCGCGGUGGGCAUGUGGUGGGAUUAUUACUGCGAGCUCUCGCCAUUUGAGCUGCGCCUUUACGUCAAUGCAGAGGAGCGCAUCUGCUAUGAAAACCUGUCCCUGCUGCGCUGCGAGGACAUCCACCUGUACUCCAGCACAGAGGGCCGAUUCCGGCUGUCCUUUCCUAGCAAAAGAAUCUACCUGCGUGCGCCGUCUAAAGGAGAAGCGGAGGACUGGGUGGACCGAAUCACAGAGGCCGUCAGCAAACUACGACCCAUUAUGAGAGAUGAACAGUGGGAGGUGUUGCACACAUCCAGCGAUCAAGAAGUCACAUCUCCAGCUCCAUCAACACCUGAAAACACAAUCUCUGAGCUUCCAGAUGCUCUACUGUUAGACUGGACCCGGCAUAAAGACCCAGAACCAGACGCCAUAAAGGAGGCGGUGGUCUAUCAGAGCUUGGAGGAGAAGGGAUGGCGCUGUCUGGUGCUCUCGCUCUCCCUCGAGAUCCUCAGAGGUUUCCAAGUCCAAGAAGACUCAAAGACACCACUUUUCUCACUCCCUAUUGGAAGCAUCCGGGAUGUGGUUCCUGAUGUUUCUCUGGGCAGUCCUGCAUUUUUUAAGGUUUUGACAGUGCGGGACACGCUGACGCUGAGGGCAGAGAGCGGUGAGGAGGCAAGAGGGUGGAGGAGUCUGAUCAGAGGAGCGCUGGACUCCUAUCUGGAGACGGAGGAUGAUGGAGCGGGAGCCUCAGCUCCUGAUGCUGCACAAGGAGGAGUCGUCCACAAGCUCGUCCAGCACAGACUGAAGGGAGACGGAGAGCUGCUGUUACACCUGUCUGUUGUGCCCAUCGAGAGAGGACUGGACGCACAGAAUUACAAAUGUGCAGGUUGCUCUCGUCAGAUCGGUGUGUCUCUGGGCAGAGGCAGACUUUGUGAGUUCUCCGGUCAGCAGUUCUGUGAUUCCUGCCAUCAAGGAGACAUGAGCAUCAUCCCCUCCCGCAUGCUGCACAACUGGGACCUGAAAACACGCGAGGUUUCAAGACAAGCCUUUAAGCUGCUGACUCAAAUCGAGCACGAGCCGCUCCUGAACCUUGCUGUUCUGAAUCCUGAGCUGUUUCAACAUGCUGACGUCAUGGCUAAAGUGCAGAACCUCCGACAGAGACUUCGCUUUCUUGGAGAUUAUGUCCUUCUUUGCCGCAGUGGCUUCUGCAAACAGAUCCAGCCCAGGCUUCAGCAGAGGACAUACUUAUUGGAUAACAGUGAUGUCUACAGUGUGUUAGACUUGCAGCAGAUAGCAGACGGCCAUUACGAGUCUUACCUGCAGUCUCUGAUUCAGUUUGGCUCCAAGCAUGUGCACAACUGUGACCUUUGCACUCAGAGAGGCUUUAUAUGUCAGAUCUGCAAUGCCCCCGACAUCAUCUUCCCUUUCCAGUUUGACGUGACUUCCAGGUGUAACGUCUGCAAGACCGUCUUUCAUUCCUCCUGUAGGGCUCAGAGUCCGGUGUGUCCACGCUGCGUCCGUAAACAAAAAUACCUGGAGAGAGACUUGGAGGAAUCUUAGCUGUUAAAUAAAAUCAUGAACGAUUGCUACAGAGCUUAAAAUACAGGGUUAGUUUCAGAUGUAAUACUUCAUUUAAAAGGACAGUUCACCCGAAAAUGUAAAUGUGUUCAUCGUUUACUCAGGCUAGGGUUGUCUUGAUACUGGAAUUCAGUAUCAAUCGGUUCUGAAAUUUUAAAAACAUCCAUGUCCCGUGAACAUUUGAGCGCUGUCGAGCACAUUCUUAAACACUGCUGAUUUGCUAUUGUGUUCACGUGCUCAACAGAAAUGACUGUGAUUGGCAGCGGUGAUUGAACUCACCGCUGUUUACUGAGUGUAAACACAGAUACAGGGACACUGGAGUGUUUCAAAGUCACGUUGAUCAGCUGGUUUGUCUAUAAGCUGACAUACAAGUGAUCCGGUGAUGAAUCACGACUUUAAAACGCUCCAGAGUCCCUGUAUCUGUUGUUACACUCAGUAAACAGCAGUGAGUUCGGUGAACUGAUGACCUUCACGGCCAAUCACAGUCAUUUCUGUUGAGCAUGUGAACACAAUGGCAAAUCAGCGCUGUUUAAAAAUGCACUCAAAUGUUCGCGGGAAAUGGACGUUUCAGUAUCGAUUGGUACCGAAUUCCAGUAUCGUGACGACCCUAAAUCAGACUCGAGUGGUUCUAAACUUUUAUGAUUUUCUUUCUUCUGUUGAACUCAAAACAAGAUAUUCUGAAGAAUCUGCCAUUGACUCCCAUUGUAGUUUUUGUUCCUGCUAUGAAUGUCAAUGUCAACAUUCUUCAGAAUAUCUUGUUUUGUGUUCAACAGAAGAAAGACAUUGAAGUUUAGAAUCACUUGAGUGUGAGUAAACGAUGAGGACAUUUUCAUUUUUGUGUGAACUGCCCCUUUAAGAUAUUCAACGGUUCUCAGUAUCUGAACAACUGGAAGUGUUUGUGGAAACUCCACCUUAAGUGCACUUAUUGACAGAUUCUCAUGUUCACUCACAUCAGCACAGCUGUGUUCAUUCCUCAAAUGAUGGCAAACGAACACCUCUUCAACUGUUAUCAAAGCUAUUCUUUCUGCUUUUCAGCUUUAUGGACUUCAUAACCACUUUAUAACACUUGAGGGUUCAUUAAUGCAGUGCUGUAGCUUAAAGAGAUGGUUCACCCAAAAAUCUUUACACACACUCAAGUGGCUCGAAAUCUUUGAGUUUUUUUUUUCUUCGGUUGAACAUGAAAGAAGAUAAUUUGAAGAAAGCUGAAAACCUGUAACCAUUCACUUUCAUUGUAGGAAAAACAAAUACUAUGAAAGUUAUUGGUUACACAUUUUCAGCUUUCUGCAAAAUAUCUGCUUUUGUGAAGCAGAAGAAAGGAAGUAAAACAGGUUUAGAACAAGUAAAGGGUGAGUAAAUGAUGACAGUUUUCAUUUUUGAGUGAAUUAUCCCUCUAAAAUGAUCAUACAGAUAAUAUUUGCACACAGAUAGCAGCCUAUGAGUCUUACCUGCAGUUUCUGAUUGUGUUAUAAAGUGACUUUAUAAACAUUUUAUAACACUUGGUGUUAUCAGUUCUCCGGGCUUCACAUGUUAUUCUAAGAGUUAUAAAUCUUAAGUCUUUUUCGUUGUUUUCAUUUUGAGCAUGUCAGGGCCAAGGAACCCAUAUUUAUGAAAAUUACGGCAAACAAAUGCCACGGAUCGUAAAACUCGUUUUUUUUAAGUGCUGAUUAUUUUACAUCUGAAUGUCUGCAGAUUUAUGAUGUUUACAAAGCACUGUAUGCAUUAAUAAGCAUAUUCUUCUAUACGCAGGAAAUGUUUAAUAGAAGUGUGGUUAAUGAAGUGACGACUCAUGUACAACCUCCUUCAACAGGUCAUUUUUCUAUUCUACCGUGCCUUUGUUUCAGUUUCCCUGUAGCAUUCAUUAUCUUUGUAAUGGGUUGUGCCAAAAAUCGAACUAUUGUAAGCAAAUGUAAGUUAUUAAUGUUUUGCAACAACUUCGGUUACGUGCAAAGAAACCUUCUGACAAAAGGAUAAACUCGAUGUAUUUGAUUCCUGCAUUAACCAGUGUGUAUUUGUGUUUUUGGGUUCACUGAUGAAGGCUGAUUCUUAUUAGCACUUGUUUUAUAUUGGAAACUCAAUUGGGAGAGAUACAUUUCUCUCCUAAUUCUUUCUCUUUUUUUUUUUUUUGUACUUUUUUAACAAUGCAAUGUUUUUAUGACAAGCUAAAUACAUCACCUGUUGAUGAUAAA